ACACACAUCCUUUUUUAUAUAUAAUUAUCCACUUUCAUCGAUAUAUCCUUUAAAUAAUUAUAUAUAUAUAUUUAUUGUAUUAAUUAAGAAGGCAUGGCAUUGGCAUUGGCAUUGUGGAGGUGGUGCAUUGCGGCGGCGCUGCUCUUCUCCGCCGCGUCCGGGCGGCCGGCGACGUUCUCGCAGGACUUCCGGAUCACGUGGGCCGACUCUCAUAUUCGGGAGCUCGACGGAGGAAGAGGCAUUCAGCUCACCCUCGAUCAAGGCUCAGGAUGCGGAUUCGCUUCCAAGUAUCAAUAUCUUUACGGCCGAGUGAGCAUGAAGAUCAAGCUCGUCCCCGGCGACUCGGCCGGAACAGUCACCGCCUUCUACAUGAACUCGGACACGGACACGAUACGAGACGAGCUCGAUUUUGAGUUCCUAGGAAACCGGUCGGGCCAACCCUACACGGUCCAAACGAAUGUCUAUGCCCACGGCAAAGGCGAUAGGGAGCAACGGGUCAACCUAUGGUUCGACCCGUCCCAAGAUUUUCACGAGUACUCGAUUAUGUGGUGCCAUAGUCGAGUCAUCUUCUCAGUAGACCAAGUCCCGAUCAGAGUGUAUAAGAACAACGAGGCUAUAGGGAUCCCAUUCCCGAAAUCCCAACCAAUGGGAGUUUACUCGACUCUAUGGGAAGCCGACGAUUGGGCGACGAGGGGAGGCAUCGAGAAGAUUGAUUGGAGCAAGGCGCCGUUUUACGCUUAUUACAAGGAUUUCGACAUCGAGGGAUGUCCGGUGCCGGGGCCCGCGGGGUGUCCAUCGAACCCCAACAAUUGGUGGGAGGGCCCGACCUGCAAGGUCCUGAGCCCGGAGGCGGCUAAGCGCUACCGGUGGGUGCGGACCAACCAUAUGAUCUACGAUUAUUGCACUGACCGGAAACGCUAUCCGGUUCCCCCGCCGGAAUGCUCUGCCGGAAUUUGAUCUCUGGCCGUCGGAUGAGACACCAUGAUCAUUAUCAUCGGAAGGUUGGAAAUGUGCAUGCUGUUUAAAGACAUUAUGUGGUUCACACGUGCAUGUCGUUUUCUUACGUUUAAACUGUUGUUUUUCUUUUUGUUUGUUUAUUUUACAUGUGAUUGAUGUUCAAUUGUAUUAUUUUUUUUAAAAACUUAUAUGCUUUGCUGCUUGGUUUCUUAAAAACAAAAAAAAAAAAAACAUUGUAAUGAUAAUUAUUAUCUUAUUGUGUAUUGUUGGUUAAUUGUAUCGAUUAUUUAAUUAACUAAGUAUUAUUAUUA